UUUGAUCUUGUCAUCUACAUGUGGAAGGAGAUCUUUCCAAUGUGAACCAUGUCGUGUAAUAAGACAAAGAUCUCCUUGUCACGGUGUUUGCAGACCAUUUCAGCGGAAUUUUGUUGCAAUCCCACUUCACCCUAAAAUACUAUCAAAAUAUGUGUGGUUUGCCAUUCAAAAAUAUAGUUUGCUUUGUCUUAUGUUGCUCAUUCUUUAUUCCAGUGCUUCAAAUUAGACCUAUUAUGCUCAAUUUAUAAUAAUGGUAUAACAGAAUUUACAGUUUCCAUCGAGUAAAUAAGAAAAUAAAAGGGAAAGCCACAAUCCAGUUUGUAGCAUGGUUUUGGCUGUUUUGUGUAAUGAUUAAUUGUUAUAGCAAGUUGGUCUGGGUAUCUCACUGCAGAUAUUUGGUGGGUGUGAAGCUUCUGAUGCCAAUAGAUACACUCUAGAAUGUCUUGGAUGACUAGGUCACUGGGAUCCCUGUGUAUUUUUUGUGUCAUCUUAUAUCAAUUAUGGAAGAUUGUUAUAAACUAUGAUUUUGUUGGCUAAUGAUAUAUGCCUUGUCAAUUAAGGUAUCUAGUGCAUAUGUUCUGCAGGAGAGAUCAGGAAAGCAGCCUUUAGGAUGAUAUAAACUUCUGGUGGGAUUUAUUACAUAAUCUGCUGAAUGGCAGCUGGUCAAGAAAAAAAGCGGUUGAAUGCUGCCAACCUUGUUAGUUACAAUUUGAAGGAGCAGUACAGAGCAAAAAAGAAAAAGAAUGUGGAAUCAUCACAAAAUGUGUUGAACAUGAGGCCUCGUAUUUCUCUGGACUGGGAUGUGACCCAAAAGAAAGCCGUGGCCAAGAGGGAGCAGAUUGGGAUUACCUGGAGGGACAUAGCUCCUUUCAUUAACUCUGGUUGUGGGUCAAACAGGGGCUUAGCUGAUGUCUUUCCUAUUCCACGGGAAAUCUUUGGGUUGGAGGAUCUGACUGGGGUGCUCUCUCUGGAGGUUUGGGAGACACUUCUCUCAGAAUCAGAGAGGAAGCUUCUCGCUCAGUUUCUUCCAAGAGGGACUGAUGUUGAUCAAGUGGUGCAAGCAUUGCUUCUCGGGGAUAACCUUCACUUUGGAAAUUCUUUCAUCAUAUGGGGCACUUCACUUUGUUCGGGUAACGUGCAGCCAGAUGCUGUUCUUUCGAGGGAUCAGGGUUUUAUGGCCAAUAAGAAAGCUUAUUACUCAGAGCUACAGAAGUAUCAUACUGAUAUGAUUAAAAAUCUGCAGAAGUUGAAAGACAUAUGGAUGCACAGUAAGGAUCCAGAAAAAGAUUUUGUUGAUGAGAUGUGGAGGAAAGGAUUUAAGAAACACAGGCAAAAAAGUUCUUUGGCUGAUUCAGGAAGGGCCAAAGCAGUUCCUAAUGCUAGAAAAGAAGAAAUGUCAGACAAGAGUAAUGGUUGCUCAGGCAAUGCUGACAAAUAUUUAUCUUAUCUCAAGAUAAGCAAAAGGCAGCAUCAACUGGUCAGGAAAAUUGAGCAAGGUGGCAACGGCAUUCAAUCCAGAUCUCUUAAUCAUGUGUUGGGUGAUGUCAAGAGCUUACAAAUACAUUCGUACGAAGUAUUUGAGGAGGAAGAAAAGAAGAAGUUGCAUGAGCAUUGGUUACAAGUGUCAAGAAGAAAUAUCCCAGCAGCUUUUUCACACUGGAGAGAAAGCCAGUUGCAUAGACAGCGAUGCAGGAAAUCAUUGGAACAAGAAAUUGUGGAAAUGAAAGAAACCUCAAUUGAUGAGGGAAAGGAGAAAGAGAAGCCAGAAGCAUCCUCAUUUCAAGAGCAUGGAUAUGAUGGAGGGAUGGAAAACCGUCCUGCCAUUGAUGUGCAGAAUCAUGAAGAGAAUGGCGACUCUGUUGCUCCCUCCACCCAUCAUAGUCCACCUCAGCAUCUAAGUCCUCUCAACGGUCAUCAUGAAGUUGGGUCCAUGUUUCUGGAUUCAGAAAAUUGUGACCAAGAGAUCCCGAAACAGAAAGGUGCUCUGAUUCUUUCGCAGUUCCAAGAAAACCGGAAUCCUCUAGAGGAUGAUGGCGAACCAGAAGCUCCCGAUGACGCUGCUAAAGAAGUCUGGCAGGCAGGCAGUCUGCCGGAUUCUUUUUACCAUGCUACUACAAUGAGCCACAAAUACACAUCUGCUGGGGAGUCACCACUCGGGAAGCGGCAGAAAGUUGAAGAAUACACAUCCUGCCUGGUUGAUUUGGAAACUGAAAUGCUUAAACAAGAAGCUGGAGAAACUUCAUUACCUAGACCAUCAUCAGAGAUUGGUCCAUCUCUGCAUAUCGACAAAGGGGCGCCUUUGUUCUCCAGUUACACAGACCGAGACUGCAAUGAGCUAAUUCCAGAGUCUUUCAGUGGGCAAGGUUUGUUGCAGUCUUACACGUGCGGGAGUAUGAACAGCCUGAAACAACCUGGAUUACACUUCCUGAUGAUGGAUGAUGGCCCACCUGAUAACAACCAUUUUCCCCGGCAGUUCCAGGAUCAACAGCAGCGGCUGUUUGAGCAGCAACGGAUCAGAGAGAAAGAGCUGUACAUGCAUCAGGCUACGCAGAAGAACAUGUAUUCCAAUGGAAGGUACCAGACCCAAGAACCCUUCUUGCCCAUGGAUGUGCAGGACUGGGAUGCUGAUUCCAUCCGUGAAGUGCCUUUCCGAACCUCUGCAAAUGGCAGAGUGUCAGGUCCCGGCUGGUUUUCUCAGGGGAACCAUGCUUGUAAUGGCUGGUCUGACCUAGACGUUUCUCUCCCUGCAGGUCAGUGCGUUGGAGAUAGAAGAAAUACAGAUGCUCUCAGUGUCCUCUCUCAGGGUAACAACUUACAGUCCCCUUCUCUGUAUGCUUCCAUGAGCUCAGGGCAAUUGAUUCCUGCUACAAACUUCGUGGGUGGGGGCAUUUCAGGCAACAGUGAUAUUUUCGCAUACUCCUCUCAACAACUAGGCUAUUUGAAUGUGCGUGAAGCUGCUGCAGCUGCUGCUACUGCGGCCCUGAAAGCGAACAACACGUCAUGGAUGAUGAAUUUAACGCACCCAAAUUCCAGCCUACAUGAUCCGAUUGGGACACCAUUUUUGAGGUCUUGGAAUCAGUAAGCCUGAUUAGUGUCUCACAUUUGAGGCAGGUUUGAUCAUCUUGGGUGAGAUCUCAUAAGCCAUCUUGGGAGAGAGAAGAGAGCUGAUGGGGAUGGUGAUAUCCAGCAAUGAAAGCAAUGGUUUUUUUAGUUGUGCAUAUGUAUCUAUAUAUAACCAUCUGAGGUACUGAGGUAAAUGUAUAUAUAUCCAAGGGGAAGGUUUUUGGCAUGUACGGGAGGGUUCCAAUACAUCCCUUUUUCGGCAGGUAGGUAAGUUAUUUUUGCUUUAGUCUCUCUCUCUCUGGGUAGAUUUUUCCAAUAUUUUUGGAGGCUAGAAGACAUCAAUGCCUUUAACUCAAUAAAAGCUUCGUCAUUCCAGACA